AUGAAAGAAGGAGAAGGUGUUUUUGAGUAUUUUGCAAGAGUUAUGUCUACUGCUAAUGACAUGAGGAAUUGCGGAGAAGAUAUGCUGGAUGUCAAAAUUAUUGAGAAAAUACUUCGAAGUCUCACCGAUAAAUUCAACUUCGUAGUAUGCUCAAUUGAAGAAUCCAAGGACAUUGACCAAUUAACAGUUGAUGAAUUACAGACAUCUUUGCUUGUACAUGAACAAAAGGUGAUUGAUAAGAGGAGUGAAGAGCAGGUGCAGGUGGAGAAUGUACCAAGGUAUGGACAAGGAAGAGGCAGAGGAACAUUUCAUAGAGAAAGAGGUUACUCUAGAAGAUGGGGAAGAGGUAGAUCUUUUAUGAACCGGUCGGCCAUCAACUGUUUUCGAUGUGGAAAGCAAGGACAUUACCAAUUUGAAUGUCCGGGCUUAGAAAAAGAAGCUGUCAAUUAUGCUGAAUUUGACGAGGAGGAAGAACUGCUAUUAAUGGCGUACACAAAGAAAAGUAAAGUUGAAAGAGAAGGCAUUUGGUUUCUCGAUUCCGGGUGCUCAAAUCAUAUGACAGGGGACAAAACAUGGUUCGUUGAGCUCGACGAAAGUUUCAAACACACUGUCAGGUUGGAAAAUAGCUCAAAAUUGGCAGUUGAAGGAAGAGGCAGUGUCAGAUUCGAAGUUGAAGGUAUCACACAAACUGUGACAAAUGUCUACUAUCUCCAAACUCACCAACAAUUUGCUAAGCAUAGAGCAGCUACAGGAGAAGCACUUGGUGAUCUUAAUCAAAGAAGAAACCUGCAGAGUCUAUCAUCAACAAAGGGGCUUGAUAAUGAACAUACAAAUGAUGGCGAAUCGCAUGUUCUCAGUUCAUGCAAAGAUGAAGUCAUUGGUUGA